AUGCGGCUCAUUACCAGCUCGGGACUCAGAACUAUUUGGAAACAGCAUAUUCACAAUCUUCCAACAACAAAUCUGUUGGUUCUUCACACAAUUUGUGGAUUCCAUUCCUCAUCCUCACUGCUGGCUCUGCAACUCAGUGAAUAUCUCCUGAACAAGUCACCAUCCCAUCUGUCUGAAGCCAAAAGAUUACAUGCUCUCCUGCUGGUUGCUGGUUUCUUCAAGCCAAACAGCCCACUCUCACACUUGUGCUCCCGACUGGUGCACGUCUAUGUCGAAUUUCGCUGUCAGGAGGAAGCCCUUUUCGUCUUCCAUAGACUCCCUCGCUACGAGACUAUCGCUUGUAAUGCCAUACUCAGGGGCUACAUUGACUCAGGACAGUUUGCUCGUGCAAUUCAUUUCUUCUUCAAUCACUUGGUAGUCAAACUAGGCUUUGUCCCGGACAAUUACACUUGCCCGCUUAUCUUAAAGGCCUGUUCACGAUUAGCUGAUCUUGAACAAGGGAGGAAGGUGAUCGAGUUGAUUCGUUUCAAUGAGGCUCACCACAAUUUUAAACCCAAUACUUACACGAAAUGUGCCCUUAUUGACAUGCUUACCAAAUGUGGAAGCUUGGAUGCAGCACGGAUGGUUUUCGAUGAUAUGCCUCAGACAGAGAGAGACUUGGCCUCGUGGACUGCUGUGAUAUCUGGUACAGUACAGAACGGGGAAUGGCUUGAAGCACUUAGUUUAUACAGAAGGAUGAGAGUUGAAGGGGUACGGCCUGAUUCCAUGACAGUGUCUGCUCUUCUACCAGCAUGUGGUAGAUUUGAAGCCAAGAAAGCCGGAAUGGCCCUCCAUGGCUGUGCCGUGAGGAGUGGUUUUUACUGCGAUUCGUUUGUUUCCAACGGUCUCAUGGAUAUGUACUGUAAAUUUGGAGACACAGGUGAAGCUUGGCAUAUAUUUUGCACCAUGUCUUGUAAGGAUAUGAUCUCUUGGAGCAUCUUGAUUGCUGGUUAUUUGCAGAAUUGUGAGUAUGGCAAGUGCAUUGAGCUGUAUUUUGAGAUGAAGAACUUGGGUGUAAAACCUAAUGCAGUUACUACAGCAAGUGUCCUUUCUGUGCUUGGAAAGCUUAAUUUGUCGAAACAGGGAAAAGAGAUGCAUGGGUAUAUCCUCAAGCAACGAUUUGAUAUUGAUGUUGUCGUGGGGAGUGCACUGAUUGACAUGUAUGCUAAUUGUAGUUUGAUUAGAGAAGCUGAGAUGAUGUUCGGCAUCAUGUCAGAUCGGGACAUCAUGGUAUGGAAUUCAAUGAUAGCUGGAUGUGCUUCUACUGAAAAUAUUGAUUCGGCUUUCAGGAUAUUCCGUAAGAUUUGGGAAUCUGAAUGUAAGCCAAAUUCAAUAACCCUGAUGAGCGUUCUUCCAUUGUGUGCCAAAAUGGGGGUACUUGGACAAGGCAAGGUGGUUCAUUGCCAUGCAAUUAGGAAUGGUCUUAUGGUCGUUUCUGUCCGCAAUUCCCUUAUAGAUAUGUACUGUAAAUGUGGAUGCCUAGAGCUGGGAGUGAAGGUCUUUGAUCACAUGAUGGAAAGGAAUGUAAUUUCUUAUAACACAAUUAUUUCUGCUUAUGGGAUUCAUGGAUGUGGAAAGCAAGCUUUGGUUCUCUUUGAUCAAAUGAAAUCUCUAGCAAUUAAGCCAACUGAAGUGACUUUUGUAGGACUCCUAUCUGCAUGUAGUCAUGCAGGAUUAAUUCGAAAGGGUUGGUCUCUCUACACUUCCAUGAUUAACGAUUAUGGUAUGCUGCCCAACAUGGAACACUAUUCGUGCAUGGUAGACCUUCUUGGUAGAGCAGGAAAUAUUGCUGAUGCAUGCAACUUCAUCAAAAGGAUGCCUGAGGAACCUAAUGGAUACGUUUUGGGAAGCUUGCUUGCUGCUUGUAGAGUUCAUGACAAGGUGGAGCUUGUUGAUCUUCUUGCAUCGCAAAUUGUUGAUGAUAAGCUGGAAGAUUCUGGAUACCAUAUCCUCUUGUCCAACAUAUAUGCAUCUAUGAAGAGAUGGGAAGAUUCUUCAAGGUUCAGAACAUUGAUGAAAGAGAAGGGCUUGAUUAAGAAACCUGGAAAGAGCUGGAUUCAGAUCUGUAAUCAUACUCAUAUAUUUAAAGCUAGGGAUACAUCACACCCGGAGUUUAAAAAAAUCAUAGAAGUUCUGGAAAUUCUCUUAUCAGAGAUGACGAUAGAGUGUUUGAAAGAUUGCAGUAACAAAGUAGGCGCUGAUGCUGCUGAAUUCUACCUAUCUCUUGAAUCAAUUCAUUCUUGGCUCCCGCCUUUGCAGUUGGAUUUUAGAUCAAUUAAAUUUACUGGUGUUACCUCAGUCACUAACCAUGCUAUUCUUGAGCAGAUUUUUCAAGCAGCUGAAGGAUUAUUUAAUGGAUAUAUCAUUUGA